AUGGGUGAAGAAGAUGAGCGAAAUCCGAGCAAGGGAUUGGAUUUGGAAGCAAAACCGUCAAACGAAUCAAUCAACCACAAGAUGGAAGACACGAAUCAACUGAAAGAACACUCUUCAACAUCUUCUUCGAAGAAUACAAAUGCAAAUAUUCACACUGGGAAGUCUUGUAAAGGUUGCCUUUAUUACUCGUCCCAUUUAAAAGCCGAUUCUCGAAACCCUCUUUGCGUUGGUCUCUCCCGGUCCCUUCCCAAUGUACCGCGAUAUAUUGUUGGAGAAUCUGAGAUGGAAGCCUCUAAAGAGGGUAGAAGCCUCACAGAUUUUAGAUAUGCGUGUGUUGGUUAUUCCCUUUACCCGGACCGGAAAAAGCAGGUAGCUGAUGGACAAGAGACACAAACAGAAUUGCCAGUUUGUUUUGGCCUUGAGGUUUUAGUAGAUCGAAGAGUUAAUGCUGCUGACUCUGCUCCUGCUCCUGCUCCUAUUCACAAUAGAGAAGAUGUUAAUGGGUUGCCACAACGUCGGACACAUAAACCGACUCAUUCGGCUGGGGAUGAGUUCCUGAGCAGGUUUAUGCGAAAUGCCAACCUGGUUGCAAAUGGGGUGGCCAAGAAUGUCCGCAAAGUGGGGAAUCAAAUAAAAGAGUCUCUCGAUGACAUACUGUAUUCCUACCGACGCCCAAAGUAA